UAGCUAAGUCAAACAUGCAAGCCUAAAAUCUUCCAACUUAAUUUCCUCUUAUCAUUCUCUAUAUAUAUUCAUUUAUUCACCUUAGUUAAGCCAUCGAAUAUUUCUCUCGUUACAUCAAACGGAAAAAUCUUACCUAGACUCGGUUCAUCGAAAAUCACAUUCAUAUACUCCCUUCGGCCCAUAUCUAACCGGCGUAAACGAAGACGAUGAUGAUGGAAAGCAGCUUAGGAGACAUGUUAUUGAAGGUAUUGAUGUUUGCUUUGGUUCAAGCAUUGGUUUACAUCAUCCUUUCACAUUCAUCGAACAUCUUUUCCAACACUGUGAAAAGAUCAUCCAGCUUCAAGCCUGCUCGUUCCGUUAGCAUUCGUCGCAUGCUCGCUGCUCUUCAAGACCUUCCUGCUGCCUCUGAGCCUUCUCCCAAGACUUGUUCACCAUCUGUUCAACAACACUCAACUGAUCAAGAUCAGUACUCAUAAAUUAAAUCUUCACUUUGAUUUGCUUUUGUGUAUAAAAAGUUGUAUUUAUUCAUUAAAAGUUGUAGUGAGCUAGUGAUUUAGAUCCUUUUCAUGCAAUACAAUUAGCUAUUCUUUUC